AUGAUUCGGCUCGAUUUAGAGGGACGCACUUUUCAGUUCUUUCUGAAAAUGAAUGAAGUAUUAUCUACGUUAUGCGAAAGCGUCUUAAACAGCACGGAGAUCUUCAAGGAACUAGAGGGUUUCGACUUGAUUAUUUAUGACAGCAUCAGCAAUGGUGGUGUAUUGAUCGGAGAGAAGUUAGAUAUUCCAAGGGUGGAGAUACUGCCCGCACCACCAAAUGUCCCAUUUGUGUUCGCCCAUAUGAUUCCGAUGCCGGUGUCGUAUGUUCCCCAGCUUAUUACCGGGUUUUCUGACGAGAUGACAUUUUUGGAAAGAGUACUCAAUUUAGGAGCAUAUUUGGUCAUUAAACUCGCUUUUAGUUUCGUCAGCUACAGAAAAAUGGACGCUUUAAAGGUUAAAUACAACAUUAAACCUGAAAGAAGCUUCCAGGAGGCUCUCGCGGAUGCCGAAAUGGUUAUUAUCGGAGCAGAUUUUGCCGUGGAAUAUCCACAACCUCUUCUGCCAGGUAUGACAGCUUAUGCAAAAAGCCUAAGGGAACUUCAUCGUUAACCUAAGUCCAGGAGACAGCGCUAAAUGUUGUUCAAGUGCUCUUCUGGAAAAUUUUUUCCCCAAAAUUAAUGGGUACUAGAAUGUCGCUUUCUGGGCGCGGCUUAAACUCGUUUUAACGCCUUAAAGAAAUUUUUGAGGAACAUAGUUUUCGCCAGUUUUUGGCUUAAUUCCCUAAACAGCCUGCUUAGCAGGCGCGAUUCUCGUUCUUCUGACCAAAAGGAUCGCGACCUCUGGGACAAGAACUGCCGAACCGGGUGAAAGAGAAAUUCAGGAGGCUCGCCCCAUAUUUCUUAUGCCCAACGACAGAUCGAAGGGCAGAAAACUGAGCUAGGAGAAAUUACAUAAAUUUCCUCGCUUGUGAUAUUACAGCGCAUAACGAAUGCAGUAAUAAAGAAAUGAAGUCGAUAACGGAAACGGCUGAGGAAUGAUAUUGUCAAAGAAUCAGUUCAUCAAUAAAGUCUAUGGGUUGUAAUACGCUUAAUCCGAUAUGACUGUAUUAAUACUAAACUGAUGAUUAUGGACUGGUCUUUUUUGUUAGGUCAAGUCAUGGUUGGGGCUCUGAAUGUCAAAACAGCUAAGCCUCUUCCCCCAGAGUUGGAGAAAUUUGUAAGUGCCUCAGGAGAGAAUGGCUUCAUUAUCGUUUCCUUUGGAACCAACGUGGCUUCUCUUCCCAAAGCGGAGGUGGAUAUGCUCGCUGAAGCAUUUGGAAAGUUGAAACAAAGAGUUGUUUGGAGAGUCAAAGGUAAUCAUGGAGUGUACAGGACUAGUUUGCAACUCCUACAUGGCCGCUCUCUUUUGGGAGACCAACAUAGAGAACGGGACGCCAUGUGA